GAAUACCUGGAAGACCAGAAAUACAGGGAUGAAGAAGACCUGGCGGAAAAACUGGAAGGCCUCAAAAAUAAAUAUUCGGAGUUUGACCUGAAUGACCAAGGAGAGAUUGAAAUGAUGGGUCUGAAGCGAAUGAUGGAGAAGCUGGGGGUGCCCAAGACCCACCUGGAGUUGAAAAAGAUGAUCGUUGAGGUGACGGGCGGCAGCAGCAACACUAUCAACUACAGGGACUUUGUCAAGAUGAUGCUCGGCAAGCGCUCAGCUGUGCUCAAACUAGUCUUGAUCUUUGAGGACAAAGCCAACGGCUCUGCCUGCAAGCCAGAAGGACCCCCUCCAAAACGGGACAUUGCUAGCCUGCCUUAAGUGUAGAUGUCAGCCUCCGGACUGCUAGUGGAGCAGAGGGACCAUCCGUGGUUGCGUGAAAAUUGAGUCGUUCUCUUAACAUGUGGAGUGUUGUAUUAGUGUGGGACCAGUGAUUAAGGAUGUUAUUUGUGAUAUACGGUGUGUGCAAGGUGUCUGUCAUUUGGAAGACUGAGCCCCCAACUCACUUAAUGAUGUUUGACUGUGAAUAUUAUCCUUCAUCUUGUUUUAUUUUAUUUUUUUUCCCUAAUUAAAAUGUAGCAUUGGUAGUUGUACAUGUUAAUCUGCUAAAAUUCUCCAGAAGUAGUUUUUCCUUCCUUUGUUUCGUUCUUUUUUUUUUUUGGGACACAUUCAUUCUAAUGUGAGAGUAGGAUGCUUUUGGAGAAGCACAAGGAAAAGAAGCAGUUUUUCCAACUCAUUUUUGCACUGUCCUCAGUGGUCUUGGAUGGAUUCCCGCCAGGCUAAUCUUGGUCAGUGUCUCGCUUUAGAUCAGGUGCCAGAGAUUACAGGCCCAGCCCAUUUCCUCUGGGUCGGAAUACUGAUCUGGAAUCAGUAACUAGGUUAUCAUGGCCGCCUCACGAUCUGAAAAACAUUUACAUUUUUCGUAGAUGACUGUACUGCUAUGUAAUACUCACUCACACUAGACAAGAAUAAGAGAUCAUGUUGACCAUGGGGCUUUCAGUUUCAGUAUGUGGCUUGAGGAAUAGUAAAUCCAACUCAGUUUUAGAUCUGUAAGGUUAAGCACAUGUUAGUUUUGGAAGGAGUGUGAUUUACAGGCACACAAACACAACAAAUGUACAUAAUAUACUACACACAGUACAAUCAUAUUCUUUCCAAGUGCCUCAACAUGCAGAUACUGUAGAGCUAAAACACAGAUUGGAAAUGGAGUGCACAGUGUUCAGUUCAAGCAGUCCUCUCAGCUCACUAAUUCCAGAAAUCCGUGAAAUAAUGUUCUUUGUUAUUUGGUAAGAUAAUUUUAAUGAUGUUUGAAUUAUAUUAAUAUGGUGUUUCCACAACAUUCUGAGUGAGUGCAUUUUUAAAUGUAGUUUCUAUGUUUGUUUUCCCUUCUCUUACAGUUAUUUUUUUACGUCACAGCGAGCGUUUAACCUGUUUAUUGAGUGAUUUUUAAAAAUACUGUUUAGGUUAAUCUAUACUUGUCUUGCAAUUCAUAUGUGUGGUAUUAAUUUCUCUUUGUCCUGGAUUUUACUUUCUCCCCCAUAUUUUUUUCACCAGCCAGCCAUCCCUUUCUAUUUAACUGGGUUCAUUGUCCUGUGAAUUCUGUAUUUCGUGCCUCAGUGUUUGUCUCUCCAGUUUAAAUUUUCCUGUAUCUCACACAAUUUACUGUGAAUUUGGUACUUGUAGUAUUUUUAACCCACUUAACAUGUUUUAAACUAUUCUGUUAAUACCUGAUGGGUACAUUACAUCUUUUAAUGUUGUUAAGAUGCACAUUGUUUGCCGACACCAAAGGAAUUAAAAUUCUUCUUACACUGGC